UUUCACCGCAAAGCCAGGCGACAGAAUGGCAACCAGAGUCUGCCCGAGCGACGCAAGUGGGCUGCUCCCACGAGCGUGGGAUAUCCCUGACGCCACCGCGCCGGUCCGCGCAGCAUUCCUCAAGGACCUUGGUGGCAUUGGCUAUGUCCUCGCUGCCGUCGGUCUCGGCUGCUACGCGCUCGCGGCCAUGUCUCCGUACCUUGCCAACGACUUCUUUUUUGCCCACUAUGCCGAAGCGUCGACGGCGCUAACCAACACGAUCAACCUGCAGCUUUUGCUCACCCGUGCGUCGUCGCUCAACCUUUUGGCGGCGUCGUCCCGUCUCUCGACGCACGACGUUGUCGGCGUCAGCUACGCCUACCCCCGUCUCCUCAUGUACCAAGAGCUGACGACCCUCGAGAGUGCGGUCACUGGGCUACGCAACCUCGACACGGUUAAUGUUGUCUACAUGCUUGCGCAAUACUGCUGGGUCGACUGGGAAAGGCGCUGGGCCAUGGCAUCCACGCACGCUCGACAAGUCCGGUGCCAGCAUCGGUACGCAUCGAACGGCGCCGUCUAUCUCGAGUCGGUGCUGCGCAACAUUGAUUUCCAAGCGUGGAAUGCGUCCACCCAAGGCUUGUUUACGCAGCGAAUUGGGCACGGUGUCGCCGCGCUCGACGACGGCCCCGCGUUUCUCACCUAUCUGACGUCGCACCAGCUUCUUGACGUGCAUGACGAAGUUCGCGUCUGGUCGAACGCGGGCCUCUCGUAUUUUGCGCUGCAGUAUGCCAACCAGUUCCAGAUUGGGCUGCAAGAAGACAUUCAGAUUCAGAAUGCACUGGGCUAUAGUUGGCCGCAGCGCCUCAAGACCAUUGCGAGCCUCCAUCGUGGCACCCUCUGGACGUGUGACUACCUCUUUCCGUCGCUCCAGACCAACUUGAACGUCCCCGGCGGCAACCAAAGCCUCGUUCAGAACGCCAGCACCUUCUUUGGCCUCGCCAACGCCAACUUAAUGGAGAACAGCGCCGUCGCGUACCCGCUCCCACCGUCCUUUCAAGCCGUGCACAACCAAAUCGGUCCCAUGGCCGCUAUUGAUCUACUCUGGGUACCGAUCCCACCCGAACUUUACGCCACAAUGCAGGUCUUUCGGUCUCUGGUACUGCCCUCGUUACGGCCCAACACGGCGUUUGCGUCGGCACUGGAUGCCAUCGGCACGACAGAGCUUCACCCGACACCGCUGCAAUGGCAAGACCCGAAUCUCCUCUUCUACGGCGGCAACCCCACGUGUGGCUUUGGCGUCGGCCUUCCGUUCGUGCAAGAGUCGUUCAGCUUUGACGACUCGUGUGGAACGCAAAAGGCGCUCACGUACUCGCUGUCGCCGAUCGCAGGUCUCUUUGCCUGGACGAUGCUUGGUGACGUCAACGCCACCGCUUCCAUCUGUGCGCUUCUGCCGAUCGCCGAGGUGCAUGGCUGUGCGCAAGCACUGCGCACUGUCGAGGCUGCCGCAUCACUUGUGCCGUCGCUCUCGGAGCUUGGAUUCCCGACGUCGUCGCUUCCGCCACUGCAGCUCAUGCAGUUUGUCGGUCGCAAUACGUCGCCCGUAAUUGAGACACAGCGCCUCCUCGAGGCUUCGUUUGCGUUGUUUGGCUGGCUGAGCGUUUACGAGUGGGUGAUGCAGACGCGCGAGGUCGUCUCGAUCGAAGGGGACGAUGGACAAUACGUACUCAUGUCAUCGGCGACGCCGCCGAUGCCACUGUCGUCCUACGUCAUCAGCUCCAGCUUUGGCAUCUACUUUUGGUACUGCUCUGUGCUCGUGAGUCUCACGCUGCUCGGUCUGGCGAUCUUUGUUAUCAGUCUCUGGUUGUAUCACCGGCCAAACCACGCGCCUUGGUUCAAAUUCCAGCGCAUCACGAGCGCUACGUGGCUCAACCGGACGUUGCUGAUCGUUCGCGGUCUCUCGGCGAUCGUGUGCUUGGCGUCGGCCAGCGUGCAGUCCGUUACGACUGCAACGGGUCAGUGGUUCGAGGCCGCACCUCGAUCGCUGUUCGAGUCUUGCGUCUUGGCCGGCGAGGCCACGUGGAUCACGUACGUCGUACACGAGGCGCUGCAUCCUCUCACGGGCAAUUUGACAGCUAAGUACGCACCCUGGAGCUCUGGGGCUGCGUGGUUCAUGCUGGCGCUUCUCGACUUUGCAGCGCCCGUCGAGGUGGCUACGGCGCUCCAUCGUGACUGCUUUUCAAUCAACAUGGACCAAAUGCUCUACUGUGUCAGUGGCAGCAUCCACAUUGGGUACGUCCAGCGCACGCUGGUGCAGAUUGCGGUGCUUCUUGGCUCUAUCGUCGUCACGUACAGCGUCGCUUUUGCCUACGCGUCGUAUAGGAAUGUCGUCGUCGCCGACGCGCACAGUCCGUCGUUAGUGCUUUCGUCGGCCGCGACGGCCUUUCUGGACCACAAUCAGACGCUGUACGGUCGCAUUGCGUCGCUCAACAUUGUGUCGGCGGCCAUGUGCGGCAUCUUGUCGAUUCCUCGAUGUGGUCUCUUUGACACCAAGCUCUGGCUGCCGUUGCCCGAAGACAGUUUUGUCAUGGAGCGGCACCAAAUACGCCUGGCGCACGUCGGCACGUCGCGCGUCCUGCCUGCUUGUAGCCCGACCAACUCGGAUGCCGAGCAUUUUGAGCCAAGCCGGCAGCGUGUGGCGAGGCUGGCGCUGCUAGGUGGCGUUGCGUAUACGAUCUUCAGCCUCACCUCCAACGUCGCCUUCCUCGCGGUGGCCCAAACCUUCUUGGCCAAUGACUUCGGCUGGGCGGGCUUCAACAGCACCGGCAUGCACGCCUUCUUGGCCAAUGCCAUCAACCAGCAGCUUCUCAUCUCGACCAAUAUGACACUCGACUUGAGCAGCCCCGCGCUGACCGACAUUUCGCAGCUCUACAAUGACUCGAUGGCGUCGAUUGCCUGGAGCGCUCACGCUCCCCGGCGUCAGCUCCUGGACACCAGCGUACCUCUCACUCGUUUUGCGCAAGGCCUUCGAGACAUGAACCCGUGCAUGCUGCCGUGGAUGUUCACGCAGUACUGCUGGCUCGACUUGGAUCGACAUUGGGCCAUGGCCAGCACCACCAAGCGUCAAGCGCGAUGUGUUGCCUCUCAGAUGGACAAUGGCGCAGUCUACUUGGAGAUUCCGCUUCGCAACGUUCGUGACUGGGCCGCGUGGGACCACUGCUGGGGUGUCUCGUUUGAGAUUGGUUUUGUGUUACACCUGCAGACCUCGCAGCAUGGACAACAGUGGCUCUCGAAUCUCAAACUCAACGUCAAUUCUGUUGAUGACGAAGUGGCUCUCUGGCGUCGAUACAACAUUACGCGGUUUCAGUUGCAGUGGCAAAACUACAAGACGAUUGGCAUGGUCGAUACCUUCUCGAUCACGUCGGCACUGGGCUACACGUCAUCACUGACGCUGAGUCGGUCGGAAGCCAGCUUUCAUCUUCUGCAGCAGACAUCCCACCGCAUGUACUGGGCGUUUGCGAGCGAUCUAUGGGCCAUUGCUACCAACACGUCGUUGAUUGGAGGAUACAGUCUCCUCGCAUCGAGUUCUAACUUUGCGUUUACGAAUACCUCUAGCCAAGACGUUUUGUUCCGAAACCUAACCCUUACCCAGCCCUUGACACCCGGUUUGACCGUGCUGCAGUCGACCAUUGGGCCAUUUGGGUCGGUUGAUAUGCACUAUAUUUCGUGUCCACCGGCUGCGCUUGAGCUCUACAGCAGCUUUUCCCAAGCGCUCAACACCCUCCUUGUCACCAACACGACCGCGCAGACGCAAUAUUUUGCGCUCCCCGCCAAGCCUCGCGUCUGUUCGGUGCCGCCGUUCUUGAACAACGAUCUCUCGCUCAUGGCGAACGGGGGUAACCUCAUGUGCGGCAACGACGUCCCGCAAGAGCCCGCGUUUUACGGCCGCCUGAGCAACUUUGGCGCGUCCAGUGCGUGCCACGCCCUCUUCUUGGAUACGAUGGUGCCCUCCCGCGCCGAGCUCUUCUUUGCGUUUCUGGGUCUACGCGCUGGGACUGGAACUGUACCAGAUGCCAGUGCGCUCUGCGCCAUUGAUCCGUGCUCGGGGCUCUCGCCCUUGUGUCCCCUCGGCUUUGAUCAGACCUUGCUCUUUCUCGCCGACUACGCAGUGGCGUUCAGUGCAUUGGACGCCGUCGCCACAAAAGCGCACCACGUACUCUACGCUCUCAACAUCCAAGUGAUUCAGUACUACACGGCAACGUUGGACGACGCAGAUACGUUGCUGUACCAAAUCAACUUGCUCGACCCGACCGAGCCUCUCUGGGCGUUCUAUGGCUGGUGCCACGUUUUCGAGUGGCUCGACGGUCGCCGUGAAGUCGUCUCGUUUCAAGGUGACGCGGGCGCGGUUGCAUCGAUCUCGUCCAGUGCAAAUUUGAUCCGGGGAAGCCCUGACCCGAGCGAGAUUCCCGUCAGCUUUGCCACGCUUCUUCUCGGCUGCACGUUCUACAUGACGGGGCUGCUCAUCUCCAUCGCGGGGCUCGUCACGCUCUACAGCGUUGGCCAAAAAGGCCACGUCGAAGGCAACAACUUGUAUGAGAUCAACCGCAUCGUAGGGCACGUCUGGGCAGGCCGCACGUUCCUCCUCCUGCGCAGCAUCACGGCGAUAUGGAUGCUCAAUACAUCGCCGCUGCUGCUCCAGCACGUGGGCUCAGUCACGCACAUGCGGUCACCCCCGCUUCCGUGGUACCAGACGAUCCUCGCGGCGGGGGAGAGCACGUGGCUCGUCUACGCCCUCAAUGACCUUGGCAGCUGCGUCACGCGGCAGUUCACCACGACGUAUGCCUACAAGAGCUCGCUUUUGACGUACGCGGUGGUGUCGAUCUGGACACUUGUGGCGCCCGUCUCGUACACGGCCGCCUUGGAUCGGAGUUGCACCUAUGUUGACAUGGACGCGGGGUUGGUUUGCACCAGCGCCGUCAUUCGCAUAGGCUCUUUGCGGGGCGUGCUCAGUGUCGUGCUCAUUGCGUGCGCUUGCGUGACGCUCUGCUAUCGACUCGAGCGCAUGCUACAUCCGCAUCUCGCACCGCCAAACGUGCACUCACUCUUCCUCAACUCGCAGAGCCUGUACAUGCUCGACUUGUCGCACUGGCAGCACCACGGCGACAUCUUUUUGGACAAGACGUCUGCUGUCCUCGCCGGCCUACUGAGUGUCGAGUACGAUGAUGACUUGUAUAUCCUCGACAUCAAGACGUGGCGCGCCAUUGUGGUUCCACAUGCCACGUUGACCCAACCAAUCACGCUGCAACGCUUUGCUCGGGCCAUUCCCCUCAGUCGCAUCUAGCCCCGAAUCACCUAACCCUAAUCGAAACGACACAUUUUGUACACAAA